AUGAAUCUUCGAUGGGUAAUGAUACUUCUUUUCUACACAAUCCUAGCACGAGUCAUUCUGUCAUGGCCAGAUGGUGCGCCAUGCAUUCACUCCGCCUAUGAAAGCAUGAAUCCACUUGAAGCUGUCGAACAUCAAGGUGGCCUACAGCUGACAGUUCCACCGUAUGACAUCAAAGUGGACCAUAAGUGCUACUGGAGAAAUCAACCGAUAUCUCUCCACCUGCAAGGCGUAAAUGAAUCCGUAUGGUUUAAAGGAUUUGCUAUGCAACCAUUUGAAUGGAAUAACGGCCGUCUGGGUGGCAGAAUGGGACAGUUGAUACGGCUCGAUGAUAACGGCUCAUGGCAGCAGCAAUGCUUCAGAUUCAAAGACUCGGCAACACACUCUCAUGAUGAGAAGAAGAGACAUUUGCGAUUCUGGUGGAAAGUUGACGAAGAUAGUCGCACUGUACAAUUUGUAGCUACCGUUGUAAAGCACCGAACGAUGUUCUGGGUAAAGUCGGUUUUGUCGAACCCGAUUCCACCAUGUCGUCUGUCCAAGGACGGUAUUGCGAACUACAAGCCACCAUUACCGACGUUACCACCGCCAGUGAAGCAGUUUAAGAUGGAAACCAACAAGAUAUUCGGAAACGAACCCAUUUCAUUUUUACAGGUUAGGCCCGUUUUGUAG